AUGAUUUUUGGACUACUGAGCCCAUUUCCCCUCCAACCAUCACAUCAUGAGAGUUUGGCUCCUAUAUUUACUCCUUGUUCAGUCUCCGCUUCAGAAUCAAAUGUUAGUCUUGCCCAACAAAUUGAUCAUGAGAUUCCUGUGCAAACCUUUUCCGUUGAGCAAACAAAGGAAGCUUUUGACGUGGCACGAAAUAGUAUUGAGCGUCUUACCACUGUUAUACCAUCUUCACCGCAACAAGAUGCUUUGAAGGUAUUUAAGAUGUGCGCUUUUGCUACCACUAAACCACCACAGGGCAGUACGAACUGA